AGUGAACCUACCACUUUCUUGGUUGAGGGCGGAAGCGAGGACUGCGUAGUGCUGGCAGCUCUCGCAGAUUCUCCGAAACCCACGUGGAAGCGGCGCCCAGGAUGUUGCGCCGUGAGGCGCGCCUUCGCCGCGAGUACCUCUACCGCAAGGCCCGCGAGGAGGCGCAGCGCGCCGCCUACGAGAGGAAGGAGAAGGUGCGGCGCGCGCUCGAAGAGAACCGCCUGAUCCCCACGGAGUUACGUAGGGAGGCUUUGGCCUUACAUGGUUCCCUGGAGUUUGACGACGCUGGUGGUGAAGGUGUGACCAGUCAUGUGGAUGAUGAAUAUCGAUGGGCAGGGGUUGAGGAUCCCAAGGUCAUGAUCACGACUUCCCGAGACCCCAGUUCACGCCUCAAGAUGUUUGCAAAGGAGCUGAAGUUGGUGUUUCCUGGUGCCCAGCGCAUGAACCGUGGCCGACAUGAGGUGGGGGCACUGGUGCGAGCCUGCAAAGCUAAUGGUGUCACCGACCUGAUAGUUAUCCAUGAGCAUCGUGGCACACCUGUGGGGUUCAUUGUCAGUCACCUGCCCUUUGGCCCCACUGCUUACUUCACACUAUGCAAUGUGCUUAUGCGGCAUGACAUCCCUGACCUGGGCACCGUGUCAGAGGCCAAACCUCACCUCAUCAUUCAUGGCUUCUCCUCCCGUCUGGGCAAGCGGGUCUCUGACAUACUUCGUUACCUGUUCCCUGUGCCCAAAGAAGACAGCCAUCGGGUCAUCACCUUUGCAAACCAGAAUGACUACAUCUCCUUCCGACACCAUGUGUACAGGAAGACCAACCACCGCAAUGUGGAGCUGACCGAGGUUGGCCCUCGCUUUGAGCUCAAGUGUGAGUUUGGACUUUAUCUCAGUAUACUUCGAAUUGUAGAGAAAAUGCUGGGAGGACACACUUACCUUCUGCCUAUUCCCUUGCUGCCGUGCCCCCAAGGGGAAAAGAAGCGACUGCUCUUUAGCCAGCCUCAGUUCAGCUUAGACCAGCCUCAGUUCACCCUUAGGCCAGUGGAUAAGGGUGUCUCCAGCACAGGCAUCACAGGCAGGCACGGACCACGUGGUCCCCAAUACUUAUGCUGCCUACCGGAUGUUUAAUGGACAUGAUGCUGG